CGCCCUUGACACGCUGUCCGCUGGCCUUGGCAGAAACCCACAUGAAACACAGCCACCUUCCAGCUUUCCAUCUGACAGUGACGUCGACGGGUGACUUCGUGCCGUAUUCGUGUGCCGUCUACCUCGUCCUCGAGUCGUGACCUUCUGCUUCCUCCAUCCCUGUAGGAUAGGCAGUCGAAACAUGGACGUGCCAUUGGUUGAGGAUGGCGGACGCUCUGGUCGCUCUUGGCUCUCAUUACUCUGGACUAUUCUUUUGCCAAUCGCUGUCACGUUAUCUACUCUGGUGACCGCCUUCAUUCUCACCUUACCUUCUCCCUACAAAGCAGAAGAGCAGGAAGGCAUAAAUGACAACUCUUUCUCCGAAGACGACAAGACCAACAAGGAUUCUGGAUAUGCUUAUUAUGCCAAGAAUCGUGGUGCCAACAGGUCUUUGAAGACUGAUGCCUCGGUCACUGUUCUGGUUCUGGGUGAUAUCGGCAGAAGCCCUCGUAUGCAAUACCAUGUUGCCAGUAUUGCUGCCCACGGAGGUCGUGUGAGUCUAAUCGGCUACCUCGAAUCUGAACUCCUACCCGAGAUCAGAAACAACCGCUAUGUCACCAUCGUCCCUCUGGCUCCUCCACCAGAGGCUCUUCGCAACACCAACAAGAUGCUCUUCCCCAUCAUCGCCCCUCUCAAGGUUCUCUGGCAAAUCGGAACAGUCUGGCAUGCAUGUGGCUACCGCACCAAGGCCACAAAAUGGAUGCUCGUCCAAAACCCCCCUUCAAUCCCUACGCUUGCAAUCGCUCAGGCAAUGUGUUUCCUCCGUCACACGCGUCUAAUCAUCGAUUGGCACAAUUUCGGCUACACCAUUCUCGCUCUUAAACUAGGAAACAAACACCCUCUCGUCAGAAUCUCGGAAAUGUACGAACGCUACGUAGCUCGUGCCGCAGACGCCCAUUUCAGCGUAACCACCGCAAUGGCUCGCGUGCUUGAACAGCGCUUCGGUGUAAAAGCAACACCUCUACAUGACAGACCUGCCGCUCAAUUCCAACCCCUCACGGCAGAACAGCGCAGUGAAUUCCUGCAUCGCUGUCCAGAGACGUCUCAUUAUGCCAAACAUCUCGAACAUGGAAGUUAUAAGCUUUUGGUUAGCUCGACUUCUUGGACUGCGGAUGAGGAUUUCAGUAUCUUGUUGGAUGCUUUGGUGGCUUAUUCGGCGACUGUAUCCAUGGCUGCUUCCUUUCCCAAAAUCUUGGCUAUCAUUACUGGAAAAGGACCGCUGAAGCAAUACUAUCUUAACAAACUCGACACUCUGACAAAAGAGAAGAAACUGGGCAAUGUCAAGGUGGUGACUGCAUGGCUGAGCAAUGAAGACUAUGCCUCCCUUCUCGGCAGCGCGGAUCUAGGCAUCUCCCUCCACACAUCCUCCUCAGGCGUCGAUCUCCCCAUGAAAGUCGUCGAUAUGUUCGGUGCCGGCCUCCCCGUCAUCGGUUGGUCACGUUUCGAAGCUUGGAAAGAAUUAGUGCAAGAAGGCGUGAACGGCUACGGCUUUUCCAGUGCUGAUGGUUUGGAAUCUCUGCUUGAAGAGCUGUUUGGCGGUAAUGGAAAAGCACUGAUGGGGAUUAGAAGGGGGGCGUUGAAGGAGUGUGGAAGGAGAUGGGCGGAUGAAUGGGGCCCUGUUGCUGGAAAUUUACUUGAGCUGAACACCCAGGAGCGGGACAUUGAUGCCGUUGCUGGAGGAGAGUCGAGAGUGUUGUGAUAGUUGAGCAAUCCUGAUGGUGGACAUGUCUUUCGUGUCGAUACUUUUGUAUUGAAAGCUCCUCCAUCUCCCAUCAUCUUCUCUCACUUAUAAAUCUAGUAAAUGCAAUUCACUUACACAUCCGCUCUCUCGAUAUGCAUUCUUUUC